AUGCCCACCUUUAGCGACCCCACAAUGUCGCCUAGUUCGACGCCUAGCGGUGUGAUGCCUCUGGACGCCGAUGUGAAGAGACUCGAAGUGUCCGCCGCGGGUCUGGCGCGUGAGUUCGGAGAACUUGUGGCGUCGUACGAGAGCUGCGCGGCCAAGGCCGGGAGCGCAACAGUGGAGAACAGCGCAGCUUUAUUGCAAGGCGUGAUCUAUCUUGAGGAGCAGCUGCGCGGGGCAAUGACAUCUUUAAACGACUUGCUGAAGGGCAUGACUGCAAUGGCCGCCGCAGUCGAGGGCCUGGAGGGUCUCCUCAACGACAUACGAAAAGUCGCGCAGGACGUCACGUAUGUCGAGGAAGCGUUGCUGGCUGCAGAAGAAGGGGCACGGCAACUCUCUGAAAGGAGGAAGGACAACAACGACUAA